AUGAAUCUAAAGAUGCAAGUAGCUGUUCUGGUUGCGGUGUUCCUCUGUAUGGUGGAUGGUGCCCCAGAUGGAAGACUGGUUAGAAGCAAACAGCAACGUCCUACGCGCGGGUUCAAGAACGUAGAAAUGAUGACGGCAAGAGGGUUUGGGAAGCGCGCUCAAACUCGUUCGGAACGCGACGUGACACAACAAACAGCAUCACCACGAACGAAUCGUGGUACCCCCACAUUUAAAAGUCCCUCCGUGGGUAUCGCCAGAGAUUUUGGCAAAAGAACACCGGAACUGGAUUCAGAAGGUUUCGAAGAAGUACGGCCCACAUUUAUUCCCCAUGUUAAACUUAUGGUAGCGAGAAAUUACGGAAAACGAGGCGAUGAAAUGAACGAAGAAGAGGAAGAAAUUAGAGUAACCCGAGGUAGUUUCACGCCAAAUUCGAACGUACUUAUCGCACGGGGUUAUGGUAAACGACAGGAUGAAAUCGGUGAAGUGUAUGGGCUGGACAACUUUUGGGAAAACCUCGAGGCCAUACAAGAAAAGGAGGCGCAAGAUGACGAAAAAACAUUGGAAAGCAUUCCAAUGGACUGGUUUGUGAAUGAGAUGCUGAACAACCCGGACUUCACUCGAUCUGUUGUACGAAAGUUCAUUGACCUUAAUCAAGACGGCGAAUUAUCUGCGGACGAACUCCUGAGAAACGUGGCAUAA